AUGACAGACAUUGAUACAGACUUUAAUAGUAUUUCACUGCUAUCCAAUCAUAACAAGGAAAAUGCCAUGACUUCAAUUGCUAUACCCAAAUCAUCCACUUCUCUAAAAGAUAACGAUAUCGAUGAUAGCAACCAUAAUGAGAGGAAUGAGAGUUCGCCAAGAGGCAGGCAUACAAAAAUGCGUUCCUUGAGCAAUCCCGCAUCUGAUUUGGAUACGGAUACUGGCUUGUUGUUACGCAGAGUUGAUGAGACUGCCUCUACAUCAAGGAGGCAUUCAUUACAUAAAGGGAAACAUAAUAUUAUACACGCUAUCGAAGAAAACGAUAAGGGCUCUUCUGAUAUCGACUGGCAGUUCUGGGGCGAAGUGAUGGCUAACUACGAGGACGUAGCUCAUAACCAACCGCAUGCGCUCUCCAAGGCUAUUCAGAAGGGUAUACCCAAGGAAUUACGCGGAAUGUUGUGGCAGCUCAUGAGUAGCUCCAAGAACCCAGAUCUAGAAGCAUUAUACCAAGAAUACCUAAAGUUGUCAUCAGUAAAUGACAAAGCGAUACAUAAAGAUCUUUCACGCACAUUCCCGGCGUUGGAGUACUUCCAGGACCCAGAUUCAGUAAAUUGGCUUUUCAACGUGGCCAAAGCUUACUCACUUUAUGAUGUGGAGUGUGGAUAUACCCAGGGAAUCCUAUUCGUUAUAGGUCCUCUUCUGUUAAAUGCGCCAGAUGAAGAGGCCUUUGGACUGCUAAUCAGAUUAAUGCAAUCUUAUGAUCUGCGUGGUCACUAUCUACCUGAAAUGCCUGGUUUACAUUUGAGACUUUUCCAGUUUGAUAGACUAUUGGAAGAGUUUUUACCCAUGGUGUACACGCACCUCACUAAACAAGGUGUCAAAUCUUCGAUGUAUGCUUCUCAAUGGUUUAUGACACUUUUUUCGUAUCGCUUUCCACUCGACAUUGUCUACAGGAUAUUCGACAACAUAUUCGCUGAAGGUAUAGAGGCUAUUUUUAGGUUUGGCAUAGGAUUGAUGAAAAAGAAUGAAGACAAAUUACUGUCUCUGCAAUUUGAAAAUAUAGUCGACUUUCUCAAAGAGGGAAUGUUGGAAGCAUACAGAAUACCACGAGAUACCACAACUAGGGCAGGAUCAGUGUCACUGCAGGCACCUCUACUCAGAGGGACAUCACACAGCUCACCACACUCGAGUAUAAGCGGAAGCGUCUCCCCCAGACUAGCUACUUCAGCGGAUAGCGGUGAAUGGGACUGUGAUUCAUUAGUCUCAGAUGCUUAUGAUGUCAAGAUAACACCAUUCCAACUAGAUUCUUAUGCUUCUGAAUGGGCUGAGACUUGUUACAAUGUCAACAAACACGCGCAUGAAGUCGAUGAAUUGAGACUGGCAAAUAGAGGUCUGUCUUCGCAGAUAAAAAAACUGGAGGCUAGUCUUACGCAGAUCAACGGAGAGCAUUGCGAGCUGGUUAAAACUCUCGUCAAUAUAAGAAUCGAGAAAGAUGAGAUGGAGGAAUCUCUAAUCAACAAGCUAGUCAGGGCACAGAUGGAGAAGGCAGCAGCAGAGGAGGAGCUUCAACGCAUGAGAGAGCACAUCAGGUGA